GUUGUUGAGUGUCGUUUUAUCAGCUAAGAAGAAACGGUUUUUAUGUCCACAUGUCACUCUUCGAUUGAUUAAUUUAUCUCGUUGAGGAAUUUAAGUAAAACUUUGGAAUGAGAGUAAAAUGGGAUUGUGAACUGAAAUCGGAUAACAGAACAACAAGAUGUUAAUGAAUUUGUCUUUAGUGUUAUGGAUGAUUACGACGCUAAAUUAUGCUUAUGGGUACUUCCGAUUAUCAAUGGAUAAUUACCAAUAUCAUUUCGAUGGUUCUCAAACAGAUACAGUUGUAAAAAAUUCAACAAAAAAAGUAGGAAAGAAUACAAGCAGACUGCUCCAGGAAGUAAACAUGACUUUUGACCUGUCCACAAACGGAAUAAAGAAUGAUACAGAAAACGCAUCAUCUAGUAGCGAUUUCUCAGUUAGUUUCGUCACUUCUGAUAAUAAUAGCACUACUGUAGAUUACUAUACUAGUACUGUAGAUUAUAAUCAUAGCAGUACAGAAAAUUCUACCAUAUUUUUUACGACGGCGUUGAACCACGAGUCUACUACCAUUCAUUCUCCAUCAAGGUCAUCGAAACUCUCACCAAUGGCAGCAGCUGGAAUUGCUUUAUUAAGUGGUCUUAUUGUUAUUUCGAUAAUUAUAAUAGCUUUCGUAAUUUGGCACAAGAAAUCUGAAGGACCCUAUGAGUUGAUGCCAGUAACUGACAUUGAGCAACAUAUUUAAUUUUUUUUAAUUAUAAAUAGUGUAUAUUACAUUGGGGAAAAUUUUUUUGUUCGUUUACUAUUGCAUGAGAUUUUUUAACGGAUCUUGGAUUUUCACGUCACUGAUUUCAAAUCUGUAAUCUGUUUCUCUCUCUAAGCUACAGUUUCUUUUUAAUGACAUUUUUAAUCUAUUUUUUGUCGAAAUGUAAGUAAAUGUAAAGUUUAUGUGUAAGUAAGUGUUAAAAUGUAAGUAAGUGUAAGUAAAUGUAAAGUUUAAAAAAGUUAUGUAUAAUAGGAGUUGCGUAAAUGUUGCAACAAACUUCUACGGGAGUUAGGGCACAUCAUAAAGAUUAAAAUUCCACAGUAACCCAUACCCAGAAAUGUCAUCAUAUGCCGCUAGAGGUGCUUCCCCUAUUAUGUACUGUUUUUUUUUCGAGUGCUUCUUGACAUAUUAUUAUUGGGAAGCACUCCGAACAGAUACAGAGUACGACGAAAUUUAAGGGAAUGCAAUUUUAAUCCUGAUGAUGUACCUUGAAUGCCUUCGAAGUUUGCCACAACAUUCAUGCAACGCCUUGUAAUAUAUAACGUUUUCGUACUUGUAUCUUUCGACUAACAAUAGGCUUAAAAAUAUCAUUAAAAAAAGACAAUCUUUAGCUUUAGGAGUAAAACUAAGUUCUUCAGACUUGAUAUCUUCAUACACGAAUUAGGUAAAGUCUAGUUGUUAAAUAAAUGCAACAAAAAGUUUGUUCAACAAAGUUAUCUAUAAUGUUUCGUAUAGAUAAAAUGAAAAUGUUCGGCAAAAUUUUCAGAGUUUUCUAAAUGAAGAAUUUUGCAAUUUUAUUUAUUUAUAAUUUUAUAUUAGAGAUAAGAGAUUCAAGAGCUUCAGAGGGUCAUUGACAAUUAUAAAAUUUCGUAUAAGCUCUAGAUUUUCUGAGCUCUAAGCAUUUAGAUUUAUCUUAAGUUGUCAUUGGACACAAUCUUUGAAUUAAAAGGCUUGUGACAAGUUUUGAAGAUAGUGUUUUUGGAUAGGUAACUUCACGAACUUCCAGAAUCUCCACUAGAUGUCAGCGCAUUACACAGAACUAUUUUAAUGCUUUAUGUUUAUCAGGGGGUUCCUCACCAAAAGCUCUCCCUUGAAGAAUUUGAACUGUGGCUUAUCAUUAUAUUUUCAACAAAAACCUUGUAAUUUUCAAAAUACUAUAGAUACAAAUAUGAUCAGAACAAUUGUAUUAGAAUAUUUAAAUAUUUAAUAACUUUUUAAAACUUCUUCCUUAAAAACAAAAAAUAGGAAAAUAGUAAUUCGUAAAAUAGUUCCGGCAAGUAUGAAUGAUACAUUUUUUAUACCUACAAUGGCAUUAAACUAAAACAUUUUUCUGAAAUAACAUUGUAAGCAAUUUUGUUAAAUCUCAUCAUAAGAGGUAAAACUAUUCUUUCGGUUGCAAAAUAUCGAAAAUUAUUUUUUACUUCCAAGGAAGGACUUCAGCACAUAAUUGUGCAAAUUUUUAAAAAUGUUUAAUCAUAAUUUAUGUGUUUAUGUUAUGAUGAAUGUGAGAAUCUGACAAAGUGAGAAAUGUUGGCGUGUGUACUAUGCCUGACAUUUUAACGAAAAUAUGAAACGCAAGAAUAAUUAUAUAAUUUAUUUAAUCAUUGUAUAUAAUGAAAAAUGUCUUCUAGGAAAGUCGGAUAGUAUGAUUUGGCAAAUGUAAAUUGCGUGGAAAGAAAGAACAUAUUUCUUCCUUGCUUUCCUUUUUUAAAAAAAAUAUUACUGGAUGUGUAUACCCGGCAGUGAUCUAAAAGAGAAAUAAAAUAGAAUUUUCUUAGUUAAAUUUACAACUUAUUUUUUUCUUAGAAGAUACCGGAUAGUGACCUUUUACCUUGAAUUGAUACCACAAUAUGGAAUACCCGGCAGUGACCAAUACAACGAAGCUGGAUUAUUAUACUGAUUAGUUUUAAUAAUACACACAUGGCGGUUGCUAAAAAUGUAUGCUUCUUUUAUUAAGAAAAACAAAAUAAAAUGUAAAUUUACUUGUUGCAGCAAAAUUCUAAUGCUGAUAAAUCAUAAUUAUACAAAUAAUCAUAUUUUAUGCCUAGCCGAUUUGUCAUGUGGCAUUGUAUUCAAUAUUUAGCCAUUAUUAGGCAGCAACGUAACAGAAAAUUUUGUUUUAGGCCAUAGUCUUGGUGGACAGGGUAAUUUGUCAGCUACCUUUUUUUAAAACAUGUGGCCAAUGUUUAACAAAUCGAAAUUUUUAAAAGAUUAAAAAACUUUUGAUAUUAAUGAUGUAGAUAUUAUUAUCAAAUAUCUGAAAAUGUGGUAAACAUUUUAAGGUCAUUUCUAAAAUUAAGACAGAAACAAUGAUUUGAUUUUGCUCUAUACUAACAAUAUGAGAAAUAGUGUAUAAUUACUUGCAAUUUCGCAGUUUAAUUUUGGGUAUUCUAUAUUAUCCCGGAUUUCCAACUUCGCUGGUAACAUAUACACCAUAAUACCGUAUUGUUAUUUGUAGAAUUCUUCUACACAUAAUGGCUAACUAUUACUACUGUAUUCUUUUGGAUUAAUAAAUAGAAGUUUUAUUCUGUGUUACA